AUGGCGGCGGAGAAGCAGCGGCCGCAGGUGCCCAUGGUGAUGUACGAGCCGCACCCCGAGCGGUUCCCGGAGCCCUCGGCGCCGCCGCUGGGCCAGGACGGGGGCUAUGAGUAUCCCUCUCCCCCACCCUACUCGUACCGAGAGACCACCAUCGUGGAGGAGCCGGUUUAUUUGGUGUCCCAGCCUCCCAUCAUCGUGGCAGGGAUCUUCUCCAGCCAACCAACAUCCACAAUCUGUCCUUCGUGCCGCCAGCACAUCACCACCCAGGUCACCUACAGACUGGGCAAGCUGUCCUACCUCCUGUGCACCAGCCUGUGCAUGGUUGGGUGCUGCUUCGGAUGCUGCUUCGUCCCUCUCUUCAUCAAGCUCUUCAAGGAUGCAGAUCAUUACUGCCCAUACUGCCAAUUUCACAUUUACAGAUACAAAAGACUAUAG